AUGGCAGAAUUUCAAGCAUCUGCAACAUUGCGCGAUUCCUUGCAAGGAAAAGUUGCAGCUCAUAAUGAUCCAGACUAUCUGUUGGCACAGAACUCUUAUUUCUCAGCCCAAGCCCGGUCAUUAUUUCCAGGAUGCAUAGCAACACCGACUACAAAUACUGAAGUUGCAACGAUAGUGAAAAUGCUCGUAGAGGGCGGAGUAAAAUUCGCCAUCCGAGGCGGCGGUCACUCAUUGAAUGCCGGAGCUGCGAAUAUUGAAAGCGGAGUCACCAUCAACCUUCGAGCUUUGAAUAAGACAUUAGUUUCAUUGGAGGCGGCGCAAAAUGGGGCGAGGUUUACUCUGUCUUAUAUGUGCCAGGAGGGUUUAGUGUGCGACAACGUCGAAAACUACGAAGUGGUCCUCGCCGAUGGAAGUCUUGUAAAUGCCAAUCACUUCGAAAAUCGCAAUCUCUGGCAAGCCCUGAAAGGUGGCUCCAAUAACUAUGGCAUCGUCACUCGCUUUGAUAUUCGAACUUUUCCGCAAGAGAAUUUUCUUGGUGGUUACAUCGUCCACGAUAUUUCGACACUUGACUCACAAUUGAAAGGGUUUACGGAUCUUCUUGAGAACUUUGAUCCCUAUGCUGCAAUGAGUAUAUCAUGGAAUCAAAAACGAAAUGGAUAUUCGAUUUUCAAUAAUCUCGAGUAUACAAAAAAUGACACGAACCCGAGGGCGUUGAAACCCAAUCAAUUCGCAACUACCACCUUCGGCGGAAGCUUAGAAUUUCUUCAGAACGUCCAUUCGAUCCGGCGAUCAAGCAUCCAUGCUAUCUCCUCUAUCGUUGGAGUAAACUGGGCCAUGACAAUCCAACCCCUUCCCAUUGCUGCAAUGAAUCAAUCCGAGAAAGUUAAUUCUCUUGGCCUCUCAUCUUCAUCAGGUCCUCUUACUCUAUUUCUCCUUUCUUACAAUUGGGAGAAUAUUGAAGAUGAUGAAGAGAUAACGUUGGCCGCGAAGAAAUUGAUUUCAGAUAUCGAUGAAGCGGCAAGGGAAAGGGGUGUAGGCAGUGAUUUCAAAUAUUUGAAUUAUGCGGCAAGUUGGCAGAAUCCAUUAGGAGGGUAUGGGGAGCUCGAGGAGACAUUGAAGAAAUUAAGAGACACUGGUGAAAUUUACGACCCGGGAGGUGUAUUUCAGACGUUAUGUGAAGGAGGAUUCAAGAUUUCUAAAGCUUAG